UGGUACCUGGAUGUCUCAUAUGUCACCUUACCUAAGACUGUGAGAAAUGACAUCCACAGCUCUCUCUUUAAACAAUACAGCCAAGAAAUUCCUCAAUGACAGAAAAUAGAGUGUCAACAUGAGACACCGGCUCCAUUUUCUCCUCCUCUACUUAGCAGCCAUAGGAUUUGGGUGUCUCAAGAAUUCCGUCUCUGCCCAGUGUGUCACAACUGAUGCCAAUGGAUCUGAGUGUUCAAGUGCAAACAGCCCCAACAAUGGAAAUUACACUAAUGGAAUGUGCAAUACCAGCAUUGCACAACAUGCAUGCUACACUUCGGCAAACUCCACAGUGAACAACUUCAUACAGUGUGCUGGCCUGUCUGUGACCAUGUCUGAAAACAGUUUGGAGCACAUGAGGAAUCUCAAAGGAGUAAUAGAUGCAGCCUUGGAUCUCUAUGCCUUCAUGAGAUCCACCUUCAGUCAAGCCCCCAUCCUGGAGUUGUCUGGAGGGAUCAGUCUGAACACCGAGGCUGAACAGUUCCAUGAUUUGGACUUUGUGAAGUUGUGGUUCCAGGUCAAGCUCAGGCCACUUCUGUCAUCUGUGUCCCGGCAAUUUCUGUCCUGUCUCAGCACCAAAAACUUCAGCUGUGAGACCUAUCAAGCUGUGGUGAAAGAACUAAGCCUCCAUUUUUCAAACAUGGAUCCUGUACGCCAGAGAUGGAUCUACAUGUUUUUCAUGUACCCCUUCCUUGCUGGGAAUGGUGCAGCAGGUAAAGGUUGUAUUUCCCCUGAGGACAACAGUGAAGACUGGCUGAUGAAGAAUUUUGGAUCAUUUUCUGCCAUGGCCAGCUUCAAAGACUUCACAACAUUGAACAUUGUGUUCGAUGGACUGGAAGUCCUGCAUCUCCUCACACCAGAGCAGAAGGCUGAGUUGAUUCUGCACCCUGAAAUUGGUGGACUGGACAAUGGGACAAUCAGCCUGGUCUUUGAGAGCCUGCUCAAACCUCUUCUAGAAAACCAGCACCUGAAUGUGUCACAGGCUGUGUAUGACAUGACCACACCAGCACCCAAUUACUAUACAACCACGAUGGAGCCUAGCCACUACAUGACAACUCAACAACAUAAUGGGUUUCAAAAGGUGUUCAAUGGUUUUUUGAUGUUCUUUAAACCGCUGGGGAAUUUCGUCAAGGAGUUUGUGUCUCUAACUCAGCAGAAAAACCUGACAUCAAUCAAGAGCACCACACUCACCCAGGCUGUGCUGAACUGGACACUGGCAGAACUGGCUGGACACUUCACCCAAAAUAUCACUGUGGGGAAUGAGACCAGGCCCAACCAGACUCCCUCGCUUGAAAACUUUGACAUCACCAACAUAGAUGAUUGGUUCCAACAUGUGGUGGUUCCUGUACUGAAACGCUUCCUGCCUCACAAUCAGACUGAGAUCCCCAAAGACCUCACUGCUGUCUUCUAUCACGUUUUCUCUUUGAAUUCUGACAUGAAUUCUGACAACACUGGCCCUCCAGAUAUCUGUAGCGUUACCAUUGGGGAUCAGUCCUGUUCUAUUCCCAAUGCUGUAGAAAGUCUGGCUCAUGUUUUAAGAUGUGUUGCCCAUACCAAUCUGAGUUUCACAGAGCAAAAUCUGAGGAUGCUAGUCAUUGAGCUCUCCCAAACACUCAGCUCAUUGGUUGAACAAUACUCUGCAUUGAAUUUCAGUACUGUGGAGUCCCACAUCAUGGAUGUGUUUGGACAGCUCCAAACAGACUUCACCACUGAAAACCUUGACGAUGUGGACUUCAUCAGACUCUGGUUCCAAACCAAACUCAAGCCACUCCUACCAACAGUGUCACAAGAGUUUCUCUCUUGUCUCAGCACCAAGAACUUCACCUGUGAGACCUACCAAGUCCUGGUAAUGGAGCUGAAUGAUCACAUCUCAUUGAUGGAUGAAAUAAGGCAGCAAUCAGUAUACAGUCACUUCAUUUAUCCAUUCCUGUCACGACUUAAUACUUCAGAUUCUGGCUGCAUUUCCUCUACAAACAGUAGCACUGACUGGCUGAAGAAGAAUUUUGGAAAAUUUUCCAUCUUUGCACCACUGCAGCAUUUCUAUGAUCUGUACUCAAACUUCUCUGGUGUGGAAGCCCUGGCUGUUCUUUCACCAAGGCAGACAGCUGAGCUGGUUGUGUUGCCCCUCCCUGAACCUUUGGAGAAAGAUGUUAUCAUCAACAAAGUGUUUGACCACUUGUUGGUAUCACCAGAAGAGAGAAACUUCAUGGAAUUCCUGCACUACCUCAUCAUGUUCACAAAAGAGACAAUGAUCAGCUGUGAGUCCUACAAAACCAUAUUCAGGAGACUUUAUGAGGCCCUGCCAACUGUUUCACUGCAUCUAGAAACAGUCAUCCAGGCCAGCAUAGAUGAACUGAUGCAAACAGCCCCAGGAGAUUGCAUGCCUGAGGAAAUUGGGUGUUCAUUCACACCACUCAAUGAUACCAGAAUUUGCACUGGAGUCAACAGCACCGAACUGCAGCAAUACCUGGACACUGGAAAUAUGGUCAACAUGCUUUGCCAUUUCAGCAUUGAACAGUAUGCCUGUUCACCGCUCAUGGGAUUCACAGCAGAAAACUUGGUCACACUGUUGAAAUGCAAACUGCCCAGCAAUGUCACCAGCUCAAAGGGAAUUUGGAAGGCGUUCCUCACUGAAGUCUCUGGAGUCUUGGAUGAAGCUCUCAAUAACUUCUCUAACAUGUCUAUUGGCAUUGACAGUCCAUCAGUUUCCCAUGUUCUGGAUGUUGUGGGAGAAAUCAGAAUCGACAGAUUCAGCAAUGAACAGCUGAGAGAUGUAGAUUUCAUCAACACAUGGUUCCGUGGAUAUCUAAGACCAUUUUUAUCAUCUGCGUCUGGACAGUUUCUGCACUGUCUCAGCAGCAAGAACUUCAGCUGUGAGACCUACCAGCAUGUAGUGAAGGAGUUCAGCUAUCAGUUCCCUUACAUGGAUCAGAUGAGACAGCACAUGGUGUACAAAUACUUCAUCCAUCCGUUCCUGUCCCAGAAUACUUCAGAUCCUGCCUGCAUCUCCACCACAAAUGGGAGUGUGGACUGGCUGCAGAAGAACUUUGGACAAUUUUCAGUCAUUGUGCCCCUCAAUGACCUGCUGGAUCUAAAUCAUGACUUUACUCCUCUGGAAGCCCUGGCUCUUCUUUCACCAAAGCAGACAGCUGAGCUGGUUGUGCUGCCUCUCACUGGACCUCCAGAGAAAAAUCUCAUCAUCAACACGGUGUUUGACCACUUCCUGGAAUCACCAAAGAAGAGAAACUUCAUGGAAUUCCUCCAUUACCUUGUUAUGUUUUCCACACAGACAAUGAUCAGCUGUGAUUCCUACAAAACCAUUUUCGGGAGGCUUUAUCAGGCCCUGCCAUCUGUACCACGUGAUCUAGAACCAGUCAUCUGGGCCAGCAUAGACAGGCUGAUGCAAAAUGCCCCAGGAGAUUGCAUUCCUGAAGAUCUUGGGUGCUUAUUCACACCACUCAAUGAGACAAGAAUAUGUGCUGAUGUCAACAGCACUGAACUACAGCAUUACUUGGACACUGGAGUCAUGACCAACAUGUUGUGCCAUUUCACCAUCGAACAAUAUGCUUGUUCAUCGCUCAUGGAAUUCACAGCAGAAAACCUGAUCACACUGUUGAAAUGCAAACUGCCCAGCAAUAUGAUCUACUCAAAGGGAAUCUGGAAGGUGUUCCUCACUAAAGUCUCUGGAGUCCUGGAUGAAGCUCUCAAUGAUUUGUCCAACAUGUCUCUCAGUAUCAACAGUCCAUCAGUUUCCCAUAUCCUGGACAUACUUGGGGAAAUCAGAAUCGACAGAUUCAGCGAUGAACAGCUGAGAGAUGUAGAUUUCAUCAACACGUGGUUCCACGGAUAUCUAAGGCCAUUUUUACACUCUGCUUCUGGAGACUUUCUGCACUGUCUCAGCAGCAAGAACUUCAGCUGUGAGACCUACCAGCAUGUGGUUAAGGAAUUCAGCUAUCAGUUCCCUCACAUGGAUCAGAUGACACAGCACAUGGUGUACAAAUACUUCAUCCAUCCUUUCUUGUCCCAGAAUGCUUCAGAUCCUGCCUGCAUAUCCAGCACAAACAGCAGUGUGGACUGGCUGCACAAGAACUUUGGACAAUUUUCUGUCAUUGUACCCCUCAGUGACCUGCUGGAUCUAAAUCAUGACUUCACUCCACUGGAGGCCCUGCCUCUUCUUUCACCGAAGCAGACAGCUGAGCUGGUUGUGCUGCCCCUCACUGGACCUCCACAGAAAAAUCUCAUCAUCAACACAGUAUUUAAUCACUUGCUGGAGUCACCAAAGGAGAGAAACCUCAUGGAAUUCCUCCAUUACCUUGUCACAUUUUCAACAGAGACAAUGAUCAGUUGUGACUCUUAUAAAACCAUCUUCAGGAGGCUUUACCUGGCCCUGCCAUCUGUACCACGUGAUCUAGAACCAGUAAUCUGGGCCAGCAUAGACAGGUUGAUGCAAACUGCCCCAGGAGAUUGCAAGCCGGAGGAUAUUGGGUGCCUGUUUACACCAAACAAUGAGACAAGAGUUUGUGCUGAAGUCAACAGCACUGACCUACAGCAUUACCUGGACAAUGGAAACAUGACGGACAUGUUGUGCUAUUUCAGCAUUGAACAAUAUGCUUGUUCAUCGCUCAUGCAGCUCACAGCAGAAAACCUGGUUGCACUUUUUAAAUGCAAACUGCCCAGCAACAUGACCUACUCAAAAGAAACAUGGAAGGUGUUCCUCACUAAAGCCUCUGGAGUCCUGGAUGAAACUCUUAAUAACUUCUCCAAUAUGACAUUUGGUAUUGACAGUCCAUCAGUCUCAGAUGUCCUGGAUGUACUUGGGGAAAUCAGAAUCGACAGAUUCAGCAAUGAGCAGCUGAGAGAUGUAGAUUUCAUUAACACGUGGUUCCACGGAUAUCUAAGGCCAUUUUUAUCAUCUGCAUCUGGACAGUUUCUGCACUGUCUCAGCAGCAAGAACUUCAGCUGUGAGACCUACCAACAAGUGGUGAAGGAGUUCAGCUAUCAAUUCCUUCACAUGGACCAGAUGAGACAGCAGAUGGUGUACAAAUACUUCAUCCAGCCUUUCCUGUCCCAGAAUACCUCAGAUCCUGCCUGCAUCUCCAGCACAAAUGGCAGUAUGGACUGGCUGCACAAGAACUUUGGACAAUUUUCCAUCAUUGUGCCCCUCAGUGACCUGCUAGAUCUAAAUCAUCACUUCGCUUCACUGGAGGCCCUGCCUCUUCUUUCACCGAAGCAGACAGCUGAGCUGGUUGUGCUGCCCCUCCCUGGACUUCCAGAGAAAAAUCUCAUCAUCAACACGGUGUUUGACCACUUGUUGGAAUCACCAAAGGACAGAAACCUCAUGGAAUUCCUCCAUUACCUUGUCAUGUUUUCAACAGAGACGAUGAUCAGCUGUGAUUCCUACAAAACCAUCUUCAGGAGGCUUUACCAGGCCCUGCCAUCUGUACCACGUGAUCUAGAACCAGUCAUCUGGGUCAGCAUAGACAGGCUGAUGCAAACUGCCCCAGGAGACUGUAUACCUGAAGAUAUCGGGUGCUUAUUGACACCACACAAUGAGACCAGAGCUUGUACUGGAAUUAACAGCACUGAACUACAGCAAUACCUGGACACUGGAAAUAUGGCCAACAUGCUGUGCGAUUUCAGCAUUGAACAGUAUGCCUGUUCACAGCUCACACAAUUCACAGCAGAAAACCUCAUCACACUGUUGAAAUGCAAACUGCCCAGCAACAUGACCUACUCAAAAGAAACAUGGAAGGUGUUCCUCACUAAAGUCUCUGGAGUCCUGGAUGAAGCUCUGAAUAACCUCUCAAACAUGACAUUCGGUAUUUACAGUCCAUCAGUUUCCCAUGUCCUGGACAUACUUGGGGAAAUCAGAAUCGACAGAUUCAGCAAUGAACAGCUGAGAGAUGUAGAUUUCAUCAACACAUGGUUCCACGGAUAUCUAAGGCCAUUUUUAUCAUCUGCGUCUGGACAGUUUCUGCACUGUCUCAGCAGGAAGAACUUCAGCUGUGAGACCUACCAACAUGUGAUGAAGGAGUUCAGCUAUCAAUUCCCUCAUAUGGAUCAGAUGAGACAGCACUUGGUGUACAAAUACUUCAUCCAGCCUUUCUUGUCCCAGAAUACGUCAGAUCCUGCCUGCAUCUCCAGCACUAGUGGCAGUAGGGACUGGCUGCACAAGAACUUCGGACAAUUUUCUCUCAUUGUGCCCCUCAAAGAUCUCCUUACAAUCAAUAAAGACUUUGCUCCACUGGAGGCCCUGCCUCUUCUUUCACCGAAGCAGACAGCUGAGCUGGUUGUGCUGCCCCUCCCUGGACUUCUAGAGAAAAAUCUCAUCAUCAACACAGUAUUUGACCGCUUGCUGGAGUCACCAAAGGAGAGAAACCUCAUGGAAUUCCUCCAUUACCUUGUCAUGUUUUCAACAGAGACAAUGAUCAGCUGUGACUCCUAUAAAACGAUCUUCAGGAGGCUUUACCAGGCCCUGCCAUCUGUACCACGUGAUCUAGAACCAGCCAUCUGGGCCAGCAUAGACAGGCUGAUGCAAACUGCCCCAGGAGACUGCAUGCCUGAAAAUACUGGGUGUUCGCAGACUCCACACAAUGAGACCAGGGUUUGUGCUGGAGUCAGUAGUACUGAACUGCAGUAUUACCUGGACACUGGGGAUAUCAACACAAUGCUCUGCGAUUUCAGCAUUGAACAAUACGCAUGUUCAUCGCUCGUGCAGCUCACAGCAGAAAACCUGAUCACACUGUUGAAAUGCAAACUGCCCAGCAACAUGACCUACUCAAAAGAAACAUGGAAGGUGUUCCUCACUAAAGUCUCUGGAGUCCUGGAUGAAGCACUGAAUAACUUUUCCAACAUGACGUUUGGUGUUGACAUUCCAUCAGUUUCUCAAGUCCUGGACGUACUUGGGGAAAUCAGAAUCGACAGAUUCAGCAAUGAACAGCUGAGAGAUGUAGAUUUCAUCAACACGUGGUUCCACGGAUAUCUAAGGCCAUUUUUAUCAUCUGCAUCUGGAGAGUUUCUGCACUGUCUCAGCAGCAAGAACUUCAGCUGUGAGACCUACCAGCACGUGGUGAAGGAGUUCAGUUAUCAACUCCCUGACAUGGACCAGAUGAGACAGGUUUUGGUGUACAAGUACUUCAUCUAUCCUUUCUUGUCCAAGAAUACUUCAGAUCCUGCCUGCGUCUCCAGCAGUAGUGGCAGUACAGACUGGCUGAACAAGAACUUUGGACAAUUUUCUGUCAUUGUGCCCCUCAGUGACCUCCUGACAAUCAAUAAAGACUUCACUCCACUGGAAGCCCUGGCUCUUCUUUCACCAAAGCAGACAGCUGAGCUGGUUGUGCUGCCCCUCACUGGACCUCCACAGAAAAAUCUCAUCAUCAACACAGUAUUUGACUACUUGCUGGAAUCACCAGAGGAGCGAAACCUCAUGGAAUUCCUCCAUUACCUUGUCAUGCUUUCAGCAAAAGCAAAUAUUGGUUGUGGUUCCUACAAAACCAUUUUCAACAGGCUUCAACAGGCAUUGUCAUCAGUGCCUACCACAUUAGUAUUCACCGUCAUAUCCAGCACUGAAUCUCUAAUGCAGAUUGCUCCACCAGAUUGCAUGCCUGUCGUCUUCAGUGGGGAGUGCGAUGUCACACCAGUUAAUGAGACAAAAAUAUGCGCUGGAGUCGACAGCGCUACCCUGCAGAGCAAAAUUCGGGAUGGGUCUAUUGCUGGAAUGAUCUGCAGUUUCAGUAUUGAAGAGUAUGCCUGUUCAUCAGUAAUAGGUUUAACAGCAAAUCAUCUGGUGAUGCUACUGAAAUGUAACCUGCAAAGCAACGUGUCCUUCUCCAAAGAAACAUGGAAGCUGUUUCUCUCCAAAGUGUCUGGAAUCCUAGAUGAAUCACUAGACUUGUACUCUAACAUGACUGCCAGCUCCAGCAACCCAUCUACAUCUCACAUCUUAGAUGUGAUUGGUGAAAUCAGAAUAGACAGCUUCAGCACCGUACAGCUGAGAGACAUCAAUUUCAUCAAGCAGUGGUUCCAGAUCAAGCUCAACCCAUUCUUGCCAUCUGUGUCAAAAGAGUUUCUGUCCUGUCUCAGCACCAAGAACUUCAGCUGUGAGACCUUCCAGGCUGUAGUGGAGAUUCUUGGUCAUCAUUACACAGCAAUGGACAGACAGCACCAGAUAUUGGUCUACACCGAUUUCAUUGACAUCUUCUUGUCCCAAAACAAUACAUCAGAUCCUGGCUGUGUCUCCACUACACAUGGAAGUGCAGAGUGGCUGGGAAGAAAUUUUGGAAAAUUUGCUUCCUUUGCAUCAUUCAUGGAUUUUCAGAGACUGUACCGAAACUUUGCAGUGAUGGAUGCUCUGUCUGUUUUGACCGUGAAUCAGCUAGCAGAGGUUGCUUCUACCCCUGAACAGCUGAAAGUCCCUGAAGAUGUCAAUAAACUAAUGAGCCAUGUACCAGAUACCAAUCUAGCAGGUUUCUUUGAUAUAUUUUCUCCAGCCAUCCAGGGUCAUGAAAGUCAGUUUCCAUAUUUGGUUCGUGGAACAAUGCUCCAGCAGGUCUUUGACAGAGGGAACCUGUCAGAUCCAUCUGUCAGUGAUGCUGUGGUUCUGGUCUGGCUCCAGAAUAGGCUGAGGCCCUUGUUGCCGAACUUGUCAAGGAAUCAUGUAGCACCCUACUUUAACAUUGUGAGACAAAGGCAAUGCACCACAAGUCAACAAGCAGUAGAGCUGCUGAAUUCCAUUCUCCCCACACUACACAGUGACACACAGAGUGACAUCUACAGCAACAUUGUGACAUCAUUAAAAGAACCAGCUCCGCUACGGUGCUAUACAAACGGAAGUUUCUAUGUCUUCUUGAAGAACUCCUUCCUCGGUUUCCAGUUCCCAGACUUAACCACCUUUCUCUCACUGAUGCCACAGAGUCAAAAAUCAGGGCUGAUAAACUCCAUCCCUCCCUCCGACCUUGGUGAUUUCCUCAGACGACCCAAUGUUGUGGACAAUAAUGCAGGGGUCUGCACUAUCUUUAACAACUACAACAAGGCUCCUGACUUUCUGGAGGCUGAGGAUGUCCCUGAUGAUGUGAGAAGACCGAUUUUGCCCUGUGUCUGGCCUUCAGCCCUGAGCACUGACAACGCAGCAGAGGUUGAUCUGUGGUUUGACAAAAGGCUGAAGCUCUACUUGAAGUUCCUCACCAAGGAGCUCAUCAGCUUCACCCAAGUGCAGAAUGCCAAAUGUCUACCCUUCCGGAAAAUGGUCUCUGUUCUUGGAGACAAUUACAGCUAUAACUCAGACUUUGAUCGGAGAGAUGUGUACGACACCAUAAAAAUGUAUCUCAGCACAGGAGCAAAACCCAAAUGUUACAAUGCUGCUGAUCCACAGCUGAACUCCACAGCUUGGUUUGUCAGUUACAUCAGUGUGUUCAUUACCUUCAUUACUCUGGAUGACCUCAACACAUUCGGUUCUGCACAACAGCUUCAAGUCUUCUCCACAAAUCUUGACAACUUACAGCUCUUCAAUCAUUCCAACAUUCCUCAGAAUGUCUCCUCAUUUUACACUGAGCUUGUUUACCUCCAAGAUCCCAACUUCAACCCCUUGCUGCUUCCAUUGCUUUUCCGCUGUGGUGCCCCAGGCUUAGCAUUUACACAGCUGAAUGAGGAUGAGAGCAUGGUUGUUCUACACAACCUGACCCAGUCCUGCAGUGAUCUUGACCCUCAGGUGAGCAUGAAAGGAAAGCAUCGGAUCAACCCACUGGACAAUACUUAA